AUGCCUACCAAGCGCGCCACCCCUAAGAUUCACAUGGCUGGUGACUCGACCAUGGCCAAGGGCGGCGGAGGAUCCGGCACUCAGGGUUGGGGUGAACUCCUGGGCGAGGCCCUGAACGUCGAGGUCGUCAACCACGCCAGGGCUGGUCGCAGCGCCCGCUCCUACUGGGAGGAGGGCCGCUUCACCGAGCUCACCGACGCCGUCUCCUCGGGCGACUACGUCGUCAUCGAGUUCGGCCACAACGACGGCGGUUCGCUGUCCAAGUCCGACAACGGUCGCACCGACUGCGCCGGCAAGGGCACUGAGACGUGCAAGUCCGCUGACGGCAAGACCGUCUACACUUUCCCCUUCUACCUCAUCCAGGCCAGCAAGGCCAUCAAGGCCAAGGGCGGCAACCUCAUCAUCUCCUCCCAGACCCCCAACAACGUCUUCGAGACCGGCAGCUACUCCUUCUCGCCUACUCGCUUCGUCGAGUACGCCGAGUACGCCGGCAAGCACAUCGAUGGUGCCACCUACAUCGACCACAACAGCCUGACUGCCACCGCGUACAAGUCGCUCGGCAGUGACGCUGUCAACGCUUUCUACCCCAACGACCACACCCACACCAGCUCCGACGGUGCCGCCGUCGUCGCCAAGGCCUUCGUCAAGGGUCUGGUCUGCGCUGACCACGCUCUGGCGGCGCAGGCUGUCGACGAGAGCAGCCUCCCCGGCGAGUGCCCUUAG